ACCUCAAUUACCACUAUUUUAUAAUUAAUUAAUACGGGUAUUUAUUUUAGUGUGAUAAGUCAACUCAUUGUGUAAAAAUGUCUCAACUUUCCAAAGUUAAAUCAAGAAGAAAAUUCAUCAGUCCUGUUUUUCAUUUACAAACCAAAGAUGAAGAUGGUGAACAUAUAACUGAAGAUGUUAUAAAGAAUGUAAAGCAAACUGGAAAAUUGAAUUUAUCCUCUAGGCAUCUUGCUUCAGUUCCUGAAAAGAUGUUCAAAAUAUAUGACGUACGAGAUAAAAAUGAAGUUAAUGUUGAUUAUAGUAGAAAUAUCAGAGAAGAAGAAGCCUGGUGGAAUAUCAAACCUUUAACAAAUUUAGAUCUGAGUUCUAAUGUUCUAACUAGCCUACCAGACAAAAUAUCUAUGUUUCAAGACCUAGCUGUGUUAAAUUUACAAGAUAAUUUAUUAACAAUGUUACCCCCAGAAAUAUGUGAAUUGACAAGAUUAACAAGGUUAUCCCUAAAUCGCAACAAAAUUAACAAAUUGCCUAAGAAUAUUAACCAACUAACAGAAUUGAGGUAUUUGUGUAUAAGUCAUAAUUGUUUGGAGUGUAUUUCAAAGAAUAUUUCCGAUUUAGUAAUGUUAGAAAUGUUGGAUAUUUCAAACAAUAUUAUAUCAAAACUACCACCUGGGAUAGGGUUUCUGGUUCGUCUUACAGAACUGAAUGUGUCAAAUAACAAACUAACUGAAUUACCACCUGAUAUAGUCAACCUUAGAGCUCUACUGAAAUUGGACAUAAGCCACAAUAAUAUUGAGCACUUGCCAGAGUUUGGGGAACUGAGAAAACUUCAGAUAUUUUAUGCUCAGCAUAAUGAUAUUCAAGAAAUUCCAAGUUUCAGAAGUUGUGAACAAAUUCAAGAAAUAUACCUCGGAAAUAAUUUCAUCAAAGAGAUACCAUUAGAAUUCUGUGAGGUCAUGUGCCAUUUGAAAACCCUUGAGUUACGGGACAACCAAAUAGAAUCCGUGCCAUCCGAAAUAACUAAUUUAGUUCACUUAACUAAGUUUGAUCUUACCAAUAAUGAUAUCACAGAGUUACCUUUUACAAUGGGACUCAUGCCACAUUUGCAAAUAUUGAAACUAGAAGGAAACAAAUUGAGACAGAUAAGGCCAGAUAUCAUUCAAGGAGGGACAAAUCGUAUUCUGAAAUAUCUAAGAGAAAAAAUUAGUGAAGAAGACCUCAAAACCCUGAAUGUGCCAUCAGAUGUAUCUUAUGAUAACAGAACAUACCCAGAUAGGUUUAGUAUGAAAAAUGGCAACAUUCUCAAUUUGGCUAUGAAAAACAUAGCAGAGAUCCCGGAUGAAUGUUUUCAUGAAGCUAAAAAAGCUGAAGUACAUACUGUAGAUUUGUGUAAAAAUAAGUUCACCGCAGUUCCAUUGGGGUUGAAAUUGAUAUCAGACCUUUUGACUGAAUUGAAUUUAUCAUCAAAUCAAUUGAAGGAAGUACCAGAGUUCCUCAAGGAUUUCACAAAACUGAAAUUUUGCGAUUUGAGUAACAAUUAUCUGAAUUCUUUGCACGAAAGUUUCUCAUCCAUGGUAUCUCUAAGAGAGCUUAUAUUGAGUAAUAACAGGUUUGGCAAAAUACCCGAGUGCAUUUUCGGAAUGACUGGUCUAGAAAUCCUUCUGCUUAAUGACAACAAGGUAGAACAAAUACCAAUGGAAGGUUUGAAAGAAUUGAAAAGGCUAGCUACGUUAGAUCUAUCCAACAAUAAUUUACAUCAGAUUCCGCCGGAGCUAGGGAAUAUGAUUCAGUUGAGGUGUAUUGAGCUUAGAGGGAAUCCAUUUCGUCAUCCAAGGCCUGCCAUUUUAGGUCAAGGAACAGAAUCAAUUUUGUCAUAUUUGCGUGAUAAAAUCCCAAGAUAG